AUGAAUGCUGGAGACAAUAAUUACAAUAAUACCGAAAGUAACACCAAUGGUGGACUGAAGAAGAAAAGAGUCUGUAAGGCUUGUGACUCUUGUCGUAUCAAGAAGACUAAGUGUAAUGGAAUGAAACCUUGUAUGAGAUGUAUUGCCAAUAAUAAGAUCUGUACUUAUACUGAACGUCGUCGUUCAAAAGAUAAAAGUUAUCCAGCUGGUUAUGUUGAAUUGCUAGAGACAAGAUUAGAUAUAUUGACAAGAUCUUUGAAAAAAUUAUUUGAAUUGAGUGAAUCUGGUCAAGAUAUUUCAUUCUUAAGAUCUGAAACUACUGGUGAAUUGAGUAUUAAUAAGUUGAUUAAUAAAUUGGUUGAUAAAGAAGAUUUAUUUCAAAAUCAGCCUGUUGAAUGGGAACAUGGUACUUCAUUGGCUACGAAUUUUGAAAAUGACGAAGAUUAUCUUAGAUCUGCUUCUGCUGAGUUUGCUGAACAUUCAAGACAAAUCAUAAAUAAUUCAAAUGAUCACAAGAUUGGUAAGAAAGGUAGAGGGAGAUACAAGAGAUCAUCAAAAGUUAAAAGAGCUUCAAGUUUGACCAAGCAUUUGAAUAGUCCAAUUGAAGAAGAGGAUCAAUUCUCUGAACAUGAAUCAAACAUUUAUUCAUCUGCAAGUUCAUUGAAAUCCCCAACUGAAGUGAAAUCUGAAUAUUCAAAUGGUAUUGAAAAACUAGGUUUCAAUAUAGAUCUUGGUCCAUUCAACUCUGGUUCUGCAUUAGCUACUGCUGCCUUGAUGAAAAAUGAUCUAGGUAGUCAUGGUAGUUUACAAUUAUCAGAUUUUGAAAGUGAUGAAGUUGAUGAAGAUACUGGAUACAAUUCAGCAUUUAGUAAUUUCAGUCCAUCUGAUAAUUAUCAAUAUCAAUUCCCAUCAUUUGAUAGCGGUAGUAGUGGUGAGAUUUCACCAAAGGAUAUCAACAAUUCAAUAUCAAGUGUGACUUCUUUAGACAAUUUAAAUCAUUUUGCAUCAUCAUCUCAUUCACCAUUCAAUGAUUUAUCAUCUAAUUCACAUAGAAGACAAGCAUCAUUACCAAACCCUACAUUAGUUUCACAAAUCCAUACAAGUAAUUCAAAUUCAAGAAUGAAAUCAUCAUCUCCGAAAAUGGAUGCUGCAAAGACAAAUGAAAUGAUUAAUCAAGCAAUAAAGACUCGUCAAUCAUUUACUGAACAACCAGAUUUUAUGAGAUUCAAUGAGACUUCAAAUGCAAGUAAUGUCGUUAAUAAUGAGUUUGGAUUCAAUAGUAUUAAUAUUGAACCUUCAAGAAUAUCAUCAAGUAAUGGGUUUGAUGAUUUAUUCAUGAACAAUAAUAAUAAUCCCGUACCGUACAAUGUGUGA